AAAGAGCUUUUUUUUCUUCUCCUUUUCCAUUCCAUUCUACAUUCACUCCAUUCACCAACCGCAAUGUUCCGCCUGAUCACUCCUCUCAAGGCCGUCUCCCGUGCUGUCCCCAGACACGCCUACUCCACCUCCACCAAGUCUUCAGGCGGCUCUACCGCCUACGCAUACUAUGGGGACAAGCUAGGAGGCGCUGCUGCUGCCGCUGCUCCCAAGGCUGAGGCUGUUGUCGCUGCCCAGAAGGAACCCGUUUCCUCUGCUCUGGAUCCCAAUGCCUUUGUAGACUUCAAGCUGAAGGACGUCAAGAAGGUGACCCAUAACACCAGCCGCUUCACCUUCGAACUGGAGGAGGAUCAGAAUCUGGGAUUGGAUGUUACCUCUUGUGUCGUCACCAAGUUUAUCAAGGAAGAUGGCAAGCCUGUUAUUCGCCCCUACACCCCUACCUCCGACAAGAACCACACCGGCUCGUUCGAUUUUGUUAUCAAACACUACGAAGGCGGACCAAUGUCUACGCACAUUCACAGCAUGAAGCCCGGCGACACUCUUUCUAUCAAGGGUCCCAUUAGCAAAUACCCUCUCAAGGCCAACCAGCACGAGACCGUUAGCUUGAUCGCUGGAGGAGCCGGUAUCACUCCCAUGAUCCAGAUCAUUAGUGGACUCCUCAAGGACAAGACUGACAAGACCAAGAUCAACCUGAUUUAUGCUAGCGUCUCGCCCGACGAUAUCAUCUUGAAGGACGAGCUCGAUGAUUUUGCCAAGGCACACCCUGAUCGCCUCAAGAUCACGUAUGUUGUCGACAAGCCCGUCGAAGGUUGGAACGGCCCUACUGGAUAUGUCACUAGCGAGUUGAUCAAGAAGUCCAUUCCCGAAAUUGGCAAGGGUAACACCAAGGUCUUUGUCUGCGGACCCCCUCUUAUGAUGAAGGCCGUCAGCGGCGUCAAGGGACCCAAUUUCACUCAAGGCGAUGUCGGUGGUGCAUUGAAGGAGCUUGGAUUGACCAACGACAACGUCUUCAAGUUUUAGAGACACAGCCCGCAAGAGAUCCCAGUCUCGUAGUCUUCGUAAUAUAAUAAACAUUCAUGAAUACACG